AUGGCCUUGCCGAGGUUAAGGGUGAAUGCCAACUCAGAGGAAAAGCUGGUUCAUCCGAACCACAUGGUCUAUCAGAAAAUCGAAGCGCUAGUGAAUCACAUGCUUGAUGCGGAAUCUGGUGUUCCUAUAAAGACCGUAAAAAGUUUUCUUUCUAAGGUGCCAUCAGUAUUCACUGGUCAAGAUCUCAUUGCAUGGAUUAUGAAAAGUCUGGAUAUAUCGGAUCUAUCGGAUGCCCUGCAUCUAGCUCAUCUUAUUGCUUCACAUGGAUACCUUUUUCAAAUUGAUGACCAUGUUCUAACGGUAAAAAAUGACGGCACUUUUUACCGAUUCCAAACCCCGUAUUUCUGGCCGUCGAAUUGUUGGGAACCAGAAAACACCGACUACGCUGUCUAUUUAUGCAAACGUACGAUGCAAAACAAGGCUCAUCUCGAGUUGGAAGACUUUGAGGCCGAAAACUUGGCUAAAUUGCAGAAGAUGUUUAGUAGGAAAUGGGAGUUUGUAUUUAUGCAGGCCGAAGCUCAGUACAAGGUAGACAAAAAAAGGGAUCGGUUAGAGCGUCAAAUUCUGGACAGUCAAGAACGAGCGUUUUGGGAUGUGCACCGACCCGUUCCGGGGUGUGUCAACACCACUGAGGUCGAUUUUCGGAAGUUGUCUCGAUCGGGUCGUCCGAAGUAUAGCAGUGGAGGCCACGCAGUACUGAAUAGCACUGCUUCACCUGUGUGUAGUCCUUACUCAACCAGUGCUGCAGCUGCGCAUGCGAGUCUACCUUCGACUUCGAAUGGAGCACCGGCAACAACCCACGCGAGUAAUCCAUCUACUAGUGGAGGUUCAUUCAGGAGCAAUUACUAUGCGAGACCAGGGUUAAGAAGGUGCACACAAGUGCAAGAUACUUUGAAACUUGAGAUUAACCAACUCAAUAGUCGAUUGUCGAAGAAUGUGUUACGGACGUCCAAAGUUGUUGAAAAUUACUUGGCGUAUCACGAGCAUCGCAGAGUAUUUGAUCCAUUCCUUACACCAUUGGGCUCAGUCUCCGACCCGUUUCAAAGCCAACCGAAUCCUUGGAUCAAUGAUACUGUUGAUUUCUGGCAACAUGACAAAAUAACUGGUGAUAUUUCUACUCGUCGUCUUAAACUUUGGGAAGAAUGCUUCGAGGAACUUUUGGCCGACCAACUAGGAAGGGAAACUUUGCAGAAAUUUCUCGAUAAGGAGUACUCUGGCGAAAAUCUUCGUUUCUGGUGGGAAGUGAGUUGUACGUUCAGAAAAUUUAUUACAACUGUCAGAGAAAUUGAAGGUUCAAAAAUUGCGAAAGUGAUGGAAAUAACGGAGGAAAAUCUCAAGAAUCCAAAUCGAUGGAGUUUUGAUGAAGCAGCGGAUCACAUAUUUUGUUUAAUGAAAAACGACAGCUAUCAACGUUUUCUUCGCUCUGACAUUUACAAAGAUCUCCUUAUUCAAUCAAAGAAAAAGGUACGUUCUGUUCUUGACAUUUCAUUCAACACACCCAUUUCGCAUGUUUGCUAG